AUGGUAAAAGAAACUAAGCUGUAUGAUUUGCUUGGAGUUUCUCCAAGUGCAGGGGAAGCCGAAUUAAAGAAGGGGUACAGAAAAGCGGCUCUAAAGUACCAUCCAGAUAAGCCUACGGGUGACACAGAGAAGUUCAAGGAAAUUUCUGAAGCCUUUGAAAUUUUGAAUGAUCCUCAGAAAAGAGAGGUGUACGAUCAAUACGGUCUAGAGGCUGCCAGAAAUGGCGGCCCAGCUUUCAGUGCAGGAGGCGGAGGACCAGGUGGUAUGCCUGGCGGAGCAGGAGGAUUCAGUGGCGCUCACGCUUUCUCGCAAGAAGAUGCAUUCAACAUUUUCUCGCAGUUCUUCGGUGGUGGGUCCGGCGGUGGAUCUCCAUUCGGUUACGGAGGUGACGAUUCUUUCGGUGGAUUUUCCAGUGGUGGCUUCCCUGGCGGGGCCUCAGGUUUCACUUCCAGUGGCUUCCCAGGUGGUGGCACGCGAUUCCGUACCACUGGUGGUAUGCCUGGUGGUGGCAUGCCAGGUGGGUUUGGAUCUGGUGCAUCGUCUCCUCCACCGGAAGAGGAAACUGUACAGGUCAACUUACCUGUCAGUCUAGAAGAUCUAUUUACAGGUAAGAAGAAAUCUUUCAAGAUCACAAGGAAGGGCCCUGGCGGUACUCCUGAGAAACAACAAGUUGAUAUUCAAUUGAAACCUGGCUGGAAAGCGGGUACCAAGAUUACAUACAAGAAUGAGGGCGACUACAACCCUCGUACCGGCGGAAGACAAACGAUGCAAUUUAUUAUCCAGGAAAAGCCUCAUGAGACAUUCAAGAGAGACGGUAACGACUUGAUCUACACUCUUCCAUUAACUUUCAAGGAGUCAUUGCUAGGGUUUUCGAAGAACAUUCAAACCAUAGAUGGCCGCACUUUACCAUUAUCAAGAGUUCAGCCUAUACAACCGUCUGAGAAAUCGACCUAUCCAGGUCAAGGUAUGCCAUUACCAAAGAACCCUACUCAAAGAGGUAACCUAAUCAUCAACUACAAAGUUGACUACCCAACUUCCUUGACCGAUGCGCAAAAACGUGCGAUAUCAGAAAACUUUUGA